AUGGCCGAGGGCGCGGCUGCCAGGGAGGGUUCAGUGCCUCUCGACGCUGCCGGAGGCGAAGACGACCCCCGAGCCGCCGCCGACGCUGCCUCCGGGGACGCUGCACCCGCGGCCUCGAGUGGCCGGAUGAGGGACCGUCGCAGCGGGGUCGCACUGCCCGGCGCCGCAGGGCCCCCCGGGGACACCGAGGCCGGCCUCCUGGAAGCUGCGCGAGCGACCCCCAGGCGCAGCAGCAUCAUCAAGGAUCCUUCCAACCAAAAAUGUGGCGGCAGGAAGAAGACAGUGUCCUUCAGCAGCAUGCCUUCGGAGAAGAAGAUCAGCAGCGCCAGCGACUGCAUCAGCUUCAUGCAGGCUGGCUGCGAGCUGAAGAAAGUGCGGCCCAACUCUCGCAUCUACAACCGGUUCUUCACCCUGGACGUCGACCUCCAGGCGCUACGCUGGGAACCCUCCAAGAAAGACCUUGAGAAAGCCAAGCUGGAUAUUUCUGCCAUCAAGGAGAUCAGGCUGGGGAAGAACACAGAGACCUUCAGAAACAACGGCCUUGCGGACCAGAUCUGUGAAGACUGCGCCUUCUCCAUCCUCCACGGGGAAAACUACGAGCCUCUGGACCUGGUUGCCAAUUCGGCGGAUGUGGCAAACAUCUGGGUGUCAGGGUUACGGUACCUGGUCUCGCGCAGUAAACAGCCGCUUGAUUUUAUGGAAGGUAACCAGAACACACCGCGGUUCAUGUGGCUGAAAACCGUGUUUGAAGCCGCAGAUGUCGACGGGAACGGGAUAAUGUUGGAAGACACUUCCGUGGAGCUCAUAAAACAACUCAACCCUACACUGAAGGAGUCUAAGAUCAGGCUGAAGUUCAAAGAAAUCCAGAAGAGCAAGGAAAAACUGACCACCCGGGUUACUGAGGAGGAAUUUUGCGAAGCUUUUUGUGAACUGUGCACCAGGCCGGAAGUGUAUUUCUUACUGGUGCAGAUAUCCAAGAACAAAGAGUAUCUGGAUGCGGAUGACCUCAUGCUCUUUUUAGAAGCCGAGCAAGGGGUCCCCCACAUCACUGAGGAUAUGUGCUUGGACAUCAUUAGGAGAUACGAGCUUUCGGAAGAGGGACGCCAGAAAGGGUUUCUUGCAAUCGAUGGCUUUACCCAGUAUUUAUUAUCUCCAGAAUGUGACAUCUUUGAUCCAGAACAAAAGAAGGUCGCCCAAGAUAUGACCCAACCCAUAUCUCACUACUACAUCAAUGCCUCUCACAACACCUACCUGAUAGAAGAUCAGUUCAGGGGACCGGCCGAUAUCAACGGGUACGUGAGGGCUUUGAAGAUGGGGUGCCGGAGCAUCGAGCUGGACGUGAGCGACGGUUCAGACGAUGAGCCCAUCCUCUGCAAUAGGAACAACAUGGCCACGCCCCUUUCCGUCCGGAGUGUUCUGGAGGUGAUAAAUAAGUUUGCCUUCGUCGCUUCCGAGUAUCCUCUCAUUCUCUGCUUGGGGAAUCACUGUUCUCUGCCGCAGCAGAGGGUCAUGGUCCAGCAGAUGAAAACGGUGUUCGGCAGCAAACUCUACACAGAGGCGCCUUUGCCGUCCGAGUCCUACCUCCCGUCACCGGAAAAACUAAAAAAUAGGAUCAUCCUGAAGGGAAAGAAACUGCCCGCAGAGUCGGAUCUGCUGGAAGGGGAAGUGACGGAUGAGGAUGAAGAGGCCGAAAUGUCGCGGAGGAUGUCCGGGGAUUACAACGGUGAGCAGAAGCACGUUUGGCUCUGCCGGGAGCUCUCUGAUUUGGUAUCCAUCUGUAAAUCUGUCCAGCACAGGGAUUUUGAACUGUCUAUGAAAACCCAGAAUUACUGGGAGAUCUGUUCCUUCAGCGAAACGGAGGCCAGCCGGAUCGCCAACGAAUACCCGGAGGACUUUGUGAACUACAACAAGAGGUUCUUGUCAAGGGUCUACCCCAGCGCCAUGCGGAUAGAUUCCAGUAACCCCAACCCGCAGGACUUCUGGAACUGCGGCUGUCAGAUCGUCGCCAUGAAUUUCCAGACCCCGGGCCCAAUGAUGGACCUCCACACGGGCUGGUUUCUCCAAAACGGAGGGUGCGGCUAUGUCCUGAGGCCGUCGGUUAUGCGGGACGAGGUUUCCUACUUCAGCGCGAACACGAAGGGCGUUGUGCCCGGAGUGUCUCCCCUGGUCCUUCACAUCAAGAUCAUCAGCGGUCAGAACUUUCCAAAGCCCAAGGGAGCCUGUGCCAAAGGGGAUGUCAUCGACCCCUACGUCUGUGUAGAGAUUCAUGGAAUUCCGGCCGACUGCUCCGAGCAAAGGACUAAGACUGUCCAGCAGAACAGCGAUAAUCCCAUUUUUGAUGAAACUUUCGAGUUUCAAGUCAACCUCCCUGAGCUGACCAUGGUCCGUUUUGUGGUUUUGGAUGAUGAUUACAUCGGGGAUGAAUUUAUAGGGCAGUACACGAUACCGUUCGAAUGCCUGCAACCCGGAUACCGGCACGUACCCCUGCGCUCCUUUGUGGGGGAGAUCAUGGAGCAUGUGACCCUUUUUGUCCACAUAGCGAUAACCAAUCGCAGCGGAGGAGGAAAAGCCCAGAAGCGCAGCCUUUCUGUGAGGAUGGGCAAGAAAGUCCGGGAAUAUACCAUGCUCAGGAAUAUCGGUCUUAAAACCAUAGACGAUAUAUUCAAAAUAGCCGUUCAUCCCUUACGAGAAGCCAUAGACAUGAGGGAGAACAUGCAGAACGCCAUGGUGUCUGUCAAGGAGCUGUGUGGACUCCCUCCGAUCGCCAGUCUGAAGCAGUGCCUGUUAACCCUGUCCUCUCGUCUCAUCACCAGUGACAGUGCCCCUUCCGUGUCUCUUGUGAUGAAGGACAGCUUUCCUUACCUGGAGCCUCUGGGUGCCAUGCCAGAUGUGCAGAAGAAGAUGCUGGCGGCAUAUGACCUGAUGAUUCAAGAGAGCCGGGUCGUCAUAGAAACAGCAGACACCGUCCAGGAAAAGAUUGUCCAGUGUCAGAAAGCAGGGAUGGAGUUCCAUGAAGAACUUCAUAAUCUGGGGGCCAAGGAAGGCUUGAAAGGAAGGAAGCUCAACAAGGCCAUCGAGAGCUUCGCUUGGAACAUGACUGUGCUGAAGGGACAAGGAGACCUGCUGAAGAAUGCCAAGAACGAGGCAAUAGAGAACAUGAAGCAGAUCCAGCUGGCCUGUUUGUCCUGUGGCCUGAGUAAAGGCCCUGGCGCUGGCCCCGAGGCCAAGGGCAAGCGCAGCCUGGAAGCCAUAGAGGAGAAGGAAAGCAGCGAGGAGAACGGGAAGCUGUGACCAAGGCGGCGCGCAUGCGCACCUCAAGGACUCCGCCUUCUCAUUCUUGCUUUUUCGUUUUGUUUUUACAUUCUUCAGAUGUUCACAGAGAUGAUGCCCUCCGUGGGGUGCUGUACAUAAAACAUAUAUUUUCACAGUGCCAGUAUUUUCCUGUAGUUAAUUUAUCUAAGCUAAAAUUGUUAGUAGCAGUGUUGUAAACGCUGAGCUGUGUGAGUUGACCUGUG